GCUGCUUGCAAUUGUGAACUCUCCUGUUGGUAGGAGGCUGGAACUUAAUUUCUGCCAAUAUGUCUACAAGAUCUUCAAAGUUAUCGGUUCGUUUUUGCUCACCGGUCGUACUCUUGGACCUGAGGAUGGACACUCUGUGCUUGACGUGGACAGGUGGGCUCGGGAACAGGGUCAGGCUGAACUGGCAUCAGCGGGCAUGUGCAUUCGAUUGGCCGAUUUGACCCGUUUUUUCUCGCUGGAGAAGGCACGUGCAACUUUGGUGAGCGAUGUGAAGCUGGACGAUGCGCUUUGCUUGUGGGUCUUCUUGAUGCAGAACUUUGCCCGGCCAGCACACCAUGAAGUUGAUAUAGAUUUGUAUGUCACUGGUGUUCAAGAUGGUGCAGCCGCAGUAUGCUUGGCACAACACAUCGGCAAUGCGGUGUUUGAAGCUGCGAGAGCAGAUGGGAGAAGCUUGUGCAAACUGAAUUUUCGUGCCCUUGCUUCAAGACGUCCGGCUCGGGCAGCUCCACGUCAUGAACAGGAUACCUAUGCUCCAUACCGGGAUAACGCUUCCGGUUUUCCUCAAGCAGACGAGCGGCUGCUCUAUUGGCAGGACCUGCCCAAAGAGGCUCGUUGUGCGGACUUCGUUGGCGUUAUCGCCCAGUUCUUCAACUUUGAGGUGGUGGAUGAUCAAGGUCAGAUAAGUGAUGAACUCUUGGACUUCAUUGUUCCCAAUGCAAAUGGGAUUUUGGCGUUUCAAAGCGGCUUCAACACUCGUGUCUCCAGCAAGUUGGAGGAGACGUUGUGGCAAAGACUUUCCGUCAAGGUUGAGAAGGCUGGUGCCAAGAUGGUUUUCAUCAGCAACAGCUUCAGUUUCGACAAAUCAUCUGGGAAGUCUGGCACAGCACCUCCCGAUGCAAUCUUUCUGCAAAAACUAUUGGAACGCAACCAGCAGCUUUGGAGCCACUUGCGAGAUGCCGGGCUCAAGGAAUCUGGCAGAUUUGCCGUGGACCAAAUGGCCAAAUGGCUCAGUGGUACCCCGAUGCCAGGCGUGGAUUACUCCGCGGGCCUUGGCUCGGGCAUCGCUGAAAUCAAGGGCAGGUAUGGAUUUCCUGAAGGAUCCCAACAGGAGGUGAGUGAAUACCUGCUCAAGCGCUUUCUCAGCGAACGCAACUCUUCACCUGAGGCCUGGAAGUCUCAUUCAACAUUUCAACCUGGCAACACCAGCAUCAUGGAUCCACUGAGAGACAGAGAUCGCAAUCUGGAGGCCACAAAUCCAGUGCUUUCUGCUUGCCGCAACUUGGCAGCAGCUUGA